GGCGAGGAUCGUGGCUUCCGACCUCGAGUGGGAGCUGCGGUGGAUCGCAUCAGAACGAGUGGGUGGCCGCCGUGAUUCACAGGUUCAAUACUCUGCCUUCGUUGCGCGCUCGGACCGCUCGGACCUGCAGCUACCACCCUCUAUUGAACGCGUAUGCGGCGUGCUCGGACUGAUGUCCAUUCUCGACCGUCAGGAUCAAAACACCUUACGAGCGGACCACACCCCCCUUGGCGAUGCCCGCGCAGCGUCGAGGCAUCUCUCUCUGGACUGUCGGACCGCAUACAGACCGUCGGCAGUUCAUCCCUACUGCGUCAAUCCCUCGCGACUGUUCGUACUCGAAACAGCCACGCUCGUAGGUGAGCUGUUUGGCGAAGAUGGGCCGCAGAAGGCACCGCAAACCAACGAUCCAGGCUUCCGAGAGACCGCUCUCAGCUGGUCCGCAACUUCAGGGAUAUUCUCUGAAAAGCGUGGUUGAAGCUAAGCCUGACUUAUCCAAGGCCGUGCAGGCGGUCACGAGCGUCAGGGCAAGCGUGAGCGUCGCAGAGGACACAGGGCUGCUCGUCUCAAGCAGCCGGAAGAUCGACGAGCUCAAGGCGAAGGCGGACGAAGCCAAGCGGCGCUACGACCUCACAACCGUGUCCGAUCCGCUAUGCCCUGUCAGACCUCCAGGUGUUCCCAGCAGCUCGAGGCGAAGAAUGCGGAGGAGGACACCGCGAGGGAGUAUGGUCCGAAUUAGUAACCACGAAACGAACGCGAUGAAUGGCAACAGGCAUAUCGUCGCACGACUUCUAGGCGAGGUGCGUUCAUGCCGCGCCACUGACUUGGCACUCCAACCAUGCUGUCGCACCUGCUUCAAGACGUCUGGAGUGAAGAAGCCCCACUGGCCACAAAGCGUUCAGCGGUUCAUGAAUACCUUACAGACGAUGACACGAAUCGGAGGACUUGCGGAGCCGGCUACACGCAUGUCCGCAUCUCAUGAAAUGUAUCUGGACGACCGCAACCUCUGACUGUUGUGCGUCUCCGAAUGGAUUCCCCCCCUCCUCCUCCCUAGGUGUCUCUAGUCCUAGGCUUUCGAUAUGGGAUCCACACCGUGGAUCGAUGAAGGGGGAGCAGGAUUACGGGUGGCUCAGCGUCGCAGAUGCGCCGUAUGCUGCUCGUCAAUCUGUGUGUAUAGCUGUGGUUACUCACGAAAGGCGCCAGCUACGCCCUCAAAUCCACCGAGAUUGACAACCCUGGGAUUACUGG